AUGUUUGACAUAAAGGCCUGGGCUGAGUAUGUUGUAGAGUGGGCUGCAAAGGACCCGUAUGGCUUCCUUACAACAGUUAUCUUGGCCCUCACCCCGCUGUUCCUAGCAAGCGCGGUCCUCUCCUGGAAGCUGGCCAAGAUGAUUGAAGCCAGGGAGAAGGAGCAAAAGAAGAAACAAAAACGUCAAGAAAAUAUCGCAAAAGCUAAGCGGCUGAAAAAGGACUGAAGGUAUCAACAGGUUCUGCAACCAGAGGAGAAAUCAUUGGAAAAUGAAGCAGCUUCGGCGGGACCACCGAGGUGUCAUUGGAUCUGACAGUAUUUAAUAAAUCAAAUCUGAACAUACAGAAUAAUGUCUGACCUCAAUACUGUAUUAACUUUUAAGACUUGGGUGUAGAAGUUUGUUGGUAUCUACUGACAGUUACUUUAACUUAGCAUCUGUAUACAAAUGGAGUAUCUCUGAUCUACAAAUCUGAAACUCUAAAAUAUGAAAUUUUGUGAGCACAGAUAUGAUGCCGCAAGUGGAAAAUUCCACACCUGACUUUCUGUGACGGGUCACAGCCAAAACACAGGCACACUACAAAUACUGUAUAAAUUGACCUUCUGGCUAGGAGGAGAGAGUGUGUGUGUGUAAUGAUCAAUUUCAUGUUUAGACCUGGAUCUUAUAUCCAAGAUAUCUUACGUAUAUGCAGACAUUUCCAAAAUUCAGGAGAUUCUUAAACACUUAACGGUCCCAAGCAUUUCAAAUAAGGGAUACUCAACCUGUAGCACAAAUUUGUAACUGACCUAGUCUUAUGCCAUUUUAUGGCUUAGGUACCGAAAUGAAAACAUCCUGUGGAGAGAAAUGACUAAAUUGCGAGCUCUCCUCAAGUGCUAGUUUAUAACGGGGUCCUAUUCUGGACCAACAUUAUUAAGAAUGAAAAAAAUGUCUUCAGAGCUGAAAAAUGUGCUUUGGCUUAAAAGAGAUACAGUAAUUAAUCAUAUCUUUUGUCAUUAUUGCUUAUUUCUUAGAGUAGGGUCAUUUCUGGCUUUCUCAAAGCAAAAGAGUAUUUCAUUUUCUGCAUUUUUCUGAUUUUAGCCUUUGAGACAACUGUUAAUUAACACAUUCUGCAUUUUAUAAAGAAUUCUCAGUAUCUUGACUGUAAAAUACCACCCACUAGAUAUAACAAUUUUUGUACUUAUGAACACUGCCAUUUUCUUAGAGAUGAAUUGUUGAGUAACACUAUGAUUUAAAGCUUAAAGUAAAAUGCAAUCGCCAUAGCACCUUGAAACCAUUUAUGAGGGGUCUUUUGAAAGUUCACAGAAAAAUGAAAAAUCUAUGCAUGGAUUUAAAAAUAUUUUUGCACCAAAAAUAAACUUAUCUUUUAAUUCCAAUUUUUUCAUGAACUUUUUGAAGUAGCCUUGUAUGCUUGUGCUAACUAGAGCUGUGAAAUGGUUGAAGUGUCUUAUCAGAUAUUUGGCUGAUUGUAUAGAUCCUACUUUUAUUCAAUUCUUUAACUCAAGUAACAGUGAUAAACUGUACCUUUUGAUCAAACAGGUUUGAGAUGAAAAUUAAAAUUUCGUAUUUCUUUUGGAAAACUCUUAAAGAGUUAACAGUUAAGUCAUACUUCCUAAGUGGCAAAAAAGGCUUGAAAUUUGGAAAAAUUUUGUUGAGUACAAUAGUAAUUGCUGUGGAGGGGAUAAACUGUCAAAAUAAGAAUGUGCUCUAUAUAACUAGAAGUACAGAGCUAAAGGAUCUUUCAGUUCAGUAGGGUAUCGACGUUACCGUGAAACAUGGCUUUUAUAAAUGUCUUGUCUGGUAACUGUUCACUGUCAGUAUGGAGUAGCUUAUUAAUGUUUCCUGUACUUCUGAUAGUGAAUUUAAGUUACAAAAAGUGGUCCACUGUCUCUAAUUUAAAAAUGAACUCGAUAUUGAAAUAAAUAUGAUUCUUUUUUAUAAA